CCCGCGCGCGCGCCGGCGGCUCGCCGGCGGAGCCGCGGCCGGCGGCCAGCGCCGACGGCUCGAGCGGGACGCUCGAGUUCGGGCUGUUCGCGGCCGCGGUCGCGCUGGUGCUGCCGCUGCUAGGGCCGCGCGUGCCAGACUCGUACCACCGCACCGAAGCGCUGCUCUCGGAGGUGCGGCGGGCGGCUGGAGCCCACGGGGAGGUGGCGAUCCAGGUGGAGGAGGUCCGGGAUCCACUCGGCACCGGUGAGGCCGCGCCAUCGUUGACGGUGGCCACGGCCUUCGACGAGAGCAGAGCGGGGCCGCCGCGUGCCCGGAUGCUGGUGGUGGCCAAUGAGCACGCUCGCGAGCUCGUCACGGGCGAGAUCGCCCUGGGCGUCGUCGAGAGGCUGGCCAGCGCUGGGGGGCCCGAGCCUGGCAGCGCCGCGCUCCGGCUACGCGCCCUGCUGCGGCGAGGCCUCGAGAUCACCGUCGUGCCCGUGGCGAGUCCCGAGGGCCGCGCGCUGGCGGAAACGUGGCGCCCGUGCCAGCGCGGCACCGCGGACGUGCCGCUGCUCUCCACCGACCUGAACCGGAACUUCCCCUUCGACUGGACGCCGGGGCUCGCCGCGAAUUUCCUGAACUCGUCCCUCGAGCUCCACGGCACGGCACCGUUCUCCGCGUACCAGGCCCGUGUCAUCCGGGCGGUGGCCGAGCGGCACCAGUGGGACGCCUUCGUCGACCUGCACAGCGGGGCGCGGUCGCUGAACCUGCCCUACGGCCGCCGCGCCGAGGGCAGCAGCGACCUCCAGGAGCAGCUGCGCGCACUGGAGGGCGUGCGGUCCUUCUGCCCCGACUGCCGGCAGGGGCCCGCCCGCGCCGUCAUGGGCUACGACAACCCGGGGCAGCUGAUGGACUGGAUGUACGAGGACCGCGGGGUGAAGUACUCCUACGUCUGGGAGGUCUUCGCCGCGACCGGACUCUGUGCCCCCCACUUCAACCCCGUCAGCGCGGGAGAACCCGACAGGCUGGUCGAGCAGUGGUGCGGCGCUCUUGCGGCAUUGGGCGAGUACGUGCUCGAGCAGGUGUAGGGGCACUCAAUCGCUUGCGGAGGAGACGAAACGCGAGACGACGCCCGAUCGGACGCACACGGUUGCCACCACGGCGUUCAUAUCAAGUCCCGGAUCAAUAUACAUCAAUUUCCGGAUUUGUAUACGACGAAUUCGGGAUCAGUACAUAUAACGGGUAAAAGCACGGCAAUGUGUUUCUUGAUGGGCCGACCAUUGCGACACA